AUGAUAAUUCUCGAAUAUCUUUCAAAAGCAGUCAAUAUUUUAUCGGUGAGUUUAACAAAUGAAUCAUGACGUUUCAAAUAUUUGAAAAUUUACGUGAGAAACCACGUAUUUUUCCCAAAUGCCACGGAUUUUUGAUCAAUAAUCAGUCAUUUCUAGAUAAUCUGCUACCAACUAAUAAAACUGCCUGGACGGAUUUGGAGAACUCUCUACCGUAUUCCAUUUUAUAUCACAAGGUAACUUAUAUUUUUAUUUUUCAGAAAAGUUUCCAAUUCUAUUAAAAUUUUCAGUGAUUUUGAUCCAUCUGUCAUCAUUUUACAAUGUUUUUUAUUAACUCUGGCGUUCUUCGAAAUUGCCUAUUUGUACAUAGCAACCGAAUACUUACAACUAAUAAGAGAUCAUUUACUAGGUAUGUCCUUUACUAGAAAAGCUCUGAAAAACAAUUAAUUUUAUUUUCAGAAGAAUACAAAAAAGCUGUCAACAGAACUGUUCAACUUUUCACUUUUGUUUAUAUCAAUCAUAUGUAUAUAAUUUUAUUCACUUCUCUCAUGGCUGGUAAGUUUGAAAUUCAGUAGAAUCCUCUUAAAUUAGAAAAAAAUCCUUAAUUUCAGUUCUAAUCCAUCAAUUGCAUAUAAUGCUAAAAAGAUCGAGACGACACAAAUAUUGGGAAGAUUCUGAUGAAUCGAACUCUUCAAUCGACGACGAAGAAGAAAUAUCUGGAAAUCCGCAUCGAGGAUGGGGAGAAAAGAGUAUUCAGAGUGAAGAGGAUGAGAAGAAUCUUAAUAAUUUUAAAGCUCCGUCGGUGGCUUUGAAAAUUAGAGGAAUGGUUGGACCAUUGUGAGUAAAUGCAUAUUUUGGGAGCAGAAAAAUGUUGUGAAGUUGCCACGUCAUAACUCAUAUCCAGAAUUAGAUUAUCCAUAAAUUGAACCCUCAUAAGCAGGGUAAAAUUUAGGUUGGGAUGUUUCGGGACUAGAAAAUCUCAUAGAAUAUUUUCCAACAAAGCGGUUGCAAUAAUUUUUCGAUAUGAACAUUUGAAAAUCACAAGAUCACUAGGAAACUCCAAAUUAUUCAAAUUUAAUCAUAAAUUUAAAAGUUUGGGGACUCCACACUCAAUAUCAAUAUUUCGAGCUUUACGUUCCCAAAAAUUCCCAGAAAAAACCAUUCCAUAUUUUUUUUAGAUGUGAUGAAACACUUGGUCAACAAAUCCGUCGAAUAAAUGAAGAGAUCAAAUAUCGUCUAAUCGGAAGAAAUAGCAAUUAUCGACCACCACCUUAUACCAAUUUAGAAGUCGAAAGCCAAGAUUCGAUUGUUUAUAUGAAAUUCGACACAAUCGAAGGUGCAACUGACGCAUUUUUGAAAAUGAAUGCAUACUUUUUUGAUGGUAAGUUUUUCGGGGAAACAUUUUUCUUUCUCAACAUCAUACAACCUAUUUAUUUUCUGAUCAGUUAGGCGAAUUUCCGCAGGAAAUUCACACCUGUUGGUUGAAUGUUCAAAAAACUUUUCUUGUUUCUCUUUUUUUCUUCUUGAAAAAAAGCAUGUAGAGAGUUUUUUGAACAUCUAUGAUUUCAUUAGAAAUAUCUCUGCAAAGUUUUUUGCACUCUUGGUUUCAUCUUGAUUUUUACUGGUCCGGUCUCACCAGGGGAUUAACUAGAACUAGAACUUUUUACUGCACACACCAAACUACACUUUUCGCACAAGUUUGGUCUUUUUAUUGUCAAAAGAGUUUGUGACUCUUUCCAAGUUUCAAUGCGUCGAAAAUUGAACAUUCGACAAAUUCGGACUGAAAGUUGAGCUAUUGAAAUAAAAAUCUAUUUUCAACACCAAACUAAAAAUUUUUAAUUAAUUUCCGCUAUUUUCAAAUAUUUAAGUUAACAGAACUUAUUUCCCAAUCGAAAAUAAAAUAAUUUGUUUUUUCUCAUGAAACAAUUUAUAAGAAUAGAGAAAAAGAACGAAAAAGUAGCAUAAGACUAUAAUUGAGCUGACUAACUAUCAACAAUUUUCGUUCAACAAGUCUGCCUAGUUUUUCGACUUUGUUCCAAAUUAAUCUAUUUCUUUUUUUUGUCUAGAUUUCUAUUUUUCAAAAAAAAAUCUAUAAAUAUAAAUAUCAUUACUCAUCCCAAUUUCCCAUGAGAGAUUUUUUCGCUUUGUCAGUCAGCUAGACCAAUUUUUCUAGAAACUUUGACUUUUUUCAGCCAAGAAUUGUUUUUUUAUUCUUUUUCUGAAAUUGACAACUCUAAAAAAUUGUAAUCCAGAAAAAAAUCAAUUUUUCUCGAAAGUUUUUGAAAUCCAAGCCUACUCCAGACGAUGUUUGAUGUUGUCAGUCAAACAAAAAUCUGAUGUUGUUUUUUUUUUCGAAAAAAAAAACAUAAAAAUUAUGUGAAGUAUUUCAAAACAAUGUGUUGUUUUCAUAAUUUUUGGGACCAUUUGAAUUUUAUGUGAGAAUUUGGAAGCAUUUUUUGGGUUCUUUUUGUUGGAAAAACUUUGAUUGAGUUCGGAAAGCCUUCGAGUCAAAAAUCAGUUUUAUGUUUGAAUUUUGAGGGUUGAAGAUUUUUCCGGAAUUUAAAAUUAAAAUUAAAAUUUUAGAAUCAAAUAUUUUGGAGCUCUAGAAAAGCCCAAAAAUUGAAGAAAAUCAGAAUCAACUUGAAAUUUGUAUGCAAUUUACUUCGCAAAAUUUAUCGGACCCAGAUCUUUAGCCUCUUCUCGAUCUGUGCUCUACAAAUUUCUAAACACAAAAGUUCUGGCGAACUUUUAACAGUUUUUUAUGACAAAAAAGUUUAUAUUUGCCAAAAAUAAAACACUCGACCUUUUCCUUUUUCUAUGAGUCAUUUGUUUUAUACAAAAAAAAACAAAGAAUAUUUUUAUUCAACUUUUUUCCUCUAAAAAUAUUCACCCUAUUGUUAUUUUUUUUUGUUACUCGAAGAAAACAAAACAAAAUUCGAUAAAAGUGUAUUCACUCUUUUUUUUUCCUUAAAUUCGCUGAAAACUUCCUUUCUUCUUUUUUCUUCUCAUUUCCCUAAAAAAGAUGAAUUCGUCUAGAUUAGUUGAAGAACUCUUCAAAGUUUUUAGGUGUACUUUUCCAUCUUCUUUAAAGAAAGUUUUUCCAGGCUCUAUUCUUGGGAAAAUGUUAAAGAAAUAGACAACUUUUAAGCUACGGUUCAAAACAUACCAAAAUUACUUUUUUCGUACUAUUUUUGACACAUCUGCAAAGAGAGAACUCUCAAAACUCACUCUAACUCUUUUUUUGAAGCAAAAGAAAAAAAUUAAAAAACCCUCGUUUGAAAAUAAAAAAAUUGCCGCGAUUGUGUGAGCGCAGUGUCACGCGGAGUCUCGUUGUUUUACUUUUAUUUUUUUGGUUUGUGGAAAGCAAGAAACCUAAAGAAACCGAAUAAAAAAUUGGAAAAAUUCAGCAAAUUUAUUGAAAGAAACACUUUACAUAGCAUUUGAGUGAACAUUUGAGCAAAGAAAUUUUUGGAUAGGCUUCGAAUCUUCAAAAAUUGGCGAAUUUCUGAAAAUCGCAGAAUUCCGGGAUGUUUUUGGCGAAUCAUCACUUUGUUUAGCCUCCAAAUCCAUUAACACAGCACAUUGAAGUUGUUCUCUGAAAUUAACAACAAUUAAAUCAGUUUCAGAUUCAUUUUUCAAUAAAACUUUGAAUUUUGAUGGACUCACAGCCAAAAUCGUUACAAAAUUAACAAUUAAAGAUGUUAUUUGUUCGAUUCUGCCUAGAGUCACUAUCAUCUAGCAUAAAACUUUGACAAAAAACUCACCAAACGUCAUAAAACGACUUGAAUUGAGAAUUCCAUCGAAAAUCCUUCGAAACUUGUAAAUCGCCAAUUUUUCCUGAAAAUGAACAUGAAAACCAUGAAAUGUUCAUGAAAACUCACCUAAAUAUCGACAAUCAUGAUUCCUGAUGUGCUGCGAUAGUCAAAAACCGAUUUUCAUCACAAAAAUCCGUUUUUUGCAAAAAAAAAACGAAAAAAAGAAAAGUAAAAAAAAAGUCUGCAAACACCGCACACCGCCGCCCAAAAAUGCACUAGAUUAUCUAGAACUCGGCGGGCGUUCAAAUUCGAAUUAUUUUUUUCAACCUUGCGCCAUUUCUAUCAACGCACAUAUUUUGAAUGAUUUCUGGUUGGAAAGUAUGUAGAAAAGUAAGCAAAAUCAAGAUAUUGGGCCAGCCUGAACCUCAGUUUUAAAAGUUGUCUAUUUCUUUAACCUUUUUGUUUAUUUUUCGGAAAUUUCAAAUAAUUAACAUAAAUUUCUGACUACUGUAGUUUUGAACUUUUCUAUUUUUCGAAAAAAAAAGACAGACAUAAGCUUUGAAAUAUUCCCACGCGUUUUCUGUCCUUUCAAAUAUUUUUUUUUCAUAUUUUUCAAAAAAAAAAUAGAUGAAAUGUUCGAAAUUGUUAGCCUCAGGCUACAUAAUAUUUCCGCUUCCUCAAUUCCAUUUUCGAAACAAACAAAUACUUUUUUCCCCCGCCAGAAAAAAAGUUGUUUCACUCCCAGUGGAGUAAAACAAAAAAAAAUUGUUUCACACUUUUUGCCAUGUUCCGUCCAAGCAGACUUUGUUCUUUUUCUUGUGUCAUUUCAAUUUCUUGGUCGUCCGGAAGCUUUUUCUGCAGAAUUAGAUGAUUUUUUGGGGAUUUGAGGUGGUCUGGAAGGGCAUUUUUCCGAGGUGCUUCGGAUUAAUUUUAACUUUGCUACAGUACUUUUAAAAAAUUUACGACCAAAAAAAAAUUAAUUUCAUGAAUUUUAGACGCGAAUUGGAAGUUCCAGACCAUACUUAAAUAUUGAAAACCUGAAAUUAAAAGGUUGCCUAACAUUUAUAUUUGUCUAAUUUGUUUCUAGAUUUUUUAUUCUUGAUAUUUUGGUCUCAAAAAGUUGUUAUUUAGAACAAUCUUUCCAACGUCACCUCAAUUCCUAAGAAAAUGCAAAAAUUCUCACUUUGAGCUGCUUUUUGACUUGAUCAAAAAUAGAUUUUGUUAGGAUAAAUCGGAUUAAACGCCCGCCCUAUUUUAAUGAUUCUUGGAAUUUUAAUCAAAACUUAUUUUAGCCAAAGAAGUUUUGAGGCAAAAUUGAACUUCUCAUUCCGAAAUCCCUAUAGGGUUUAGAAAAAUUUUGACAGCAAAAGAUAGAUGAAUCUUGUUCAAAUAUUUCAUAACCUUGAGAAGAUCUUGCCACGUCAUAGCUUACAAGACCAAAAAUUAAUUUCAAGCAAAUGUAUCUAUUCUAGAUUCCCAUCAUUCCAACAAUUUUUCAAUUUCCAACAAACAUAAAAAUGUUUAUUGGUUUCGUAUUUUCUUUUUUUUUCAAUCGAGCAAACAUUUUCUGUAAAGAAAAAUGAGAUCAUUUUUCCACCCAAAUAAGUUCAUUUUUCAAUAUGAAUCACAUCAGACUAAUCCAAAUAAAUUUGGUUAAUUAGUGCGGAGACAUAAAAUUGUUUGUCAGAUUUGCACGUUUUUCACUCACUGAACACUUUUUUCUCGCCUUUUUUGUGAUGAAAUGAAAUAUAUCAUUAUUUAUAUUAUAUAACAAAGUUAUUCAUAUUUUUUGGCUAUUUUUAGAUGAUGAUAUUUUUUCGUAACUUUCUUUUUAUUCAAAAAAUAUCGGAUUAGCAAUUGUUUUUUUUUCUUUUUUUUUUUGGAAAAAAUAAAUAUAUAUUUUUCGUUCUGUUAGGCCUUCUUGUUAGACAAAAUCUGAAACCUUGUAAAUAUGUGUGUUUUUGAGAAGAUUUGCUCAUAUUUCAAAACCCCCUGACUCAGUUUUUUAUUAAUAUGUUGUUAUUUUAUCUUGCGAUUUUUGUUAGAUUCCUUUUUCCUCUCAAAAAAAUGGAUCGAAUUUCGAAUUCCGGAGCACUUUUUGAGAUUGAUGAAUCUUUUGAAAAAUUGACGCGAUUUAUUUUUUUGGGUCAAAAAUCGAAACGCCUUGGUUGUUUUGACUUUUUUUUCUGCUAAAAGCAGAGUCGAAAAGCGGUUUUUGUGAAAAUAUUCCCAGGACACACCUAAUUUUUCACUUUUUCACUGAUCGACUGCGACACUUUUAUUAUUUUCAGACACCUCUUUUUUUGGUUGGGGUUAAAUGUAUUGACAAAUAGAAUGUUCCGAUUUUUAUUGAAAAUUUGAUGAAUAGACAAGCUUUUUUGGCUGGAAAAUUCUGUUACAUUUUUAUGGGAAAUAUUUUAUAGACUAGAAAUAUUCGAUUGAACUAGAAAAAGUGAGGUAUUUCUGGCCGUUUAUUGUUUCUUACAAGAACUUUGUUAGGUUCGCUCCUCUCUUCGAAUUUUGCUGUAAAAAUCUGAUUAUCAGAACUGAUCUCGAUACUCAAAAUUUGAAAUUCAUGAAAAACGUUUUCAAUUUUUCUGAAAAAAUUUGAAGUGAACGCUCUUUUGCAUCUGAAGAACGAAAAUCCAAAAUUUGAAAAUUUCGUUGUUUUCUGGACCUGUAGUCAAUUAUUUUUUGAAUUUUCAACUCUCAACCUCUAGAAUUUUCCUUAUGAGUUUCAAGUAAAUGUUCAUCGAUUUCCGAAAUUCUCUUUGAGCAUGUUUUUGAUUUGAAAAUUGUGGGUUUUCAGCCUAUACAUAUAAUCGUCACCCUUCUUUCAUUUCUCUCCUUCUUCUUUCCAAAUCAAUCUAGUUAGUUAGUUAGCAUUCAAUGAAUAGAAUUGACCAAUCCCCCUUUUUUUUCUCAAUCCACGAAAUAUUUUUUUCAUCAUCGGUUGCGAACGAAAAACAAGAAAACAGCGGAAAAUCUUUAUAUUGUGUUAUUUUCAACAGAACCUGUUCAAAUAGAAAAAGAGUAUUUUUUCUUCUGAAAAGUCAGUUGCUCAUGUUUUUGUUGUUCGCCGUUUUUUUUCUUGAUUUUUUUAUCAGUUUUAUUGUGGUAGAGAUUUUAUUCCAGGGAAUUUAGAUGAAAUAACCUAAUUUUUGAAAGAAGAUGGGUAGAAACAGUUUUGAGAAUUUUGAGAAAUUUUUUCCGAAACUGUUCUGAGCUUCUCGAUUCCCCGCAAUGUGAACUCUAUGAAAUGAUAAAAUAAUUGAUGCUACAAAAAUACAAAUACAUUUCCCCUUCUCCCAAAAAGUCCACUGGAUUAAUAAUCAUACGUGCUUUCCAGUAUUUUACGGACAGAAAUAAGUUUUGUUAUUCUCUGGACUCGUCACUGAAUAAUUAACAAUCACAAGCUAGUAUGUGUGUGUUUUUUUUAGAAAUAUUCUUGAAGUCAGUCAUAUUUUUUUCAACAUGUAUAUAUUUUUAGCAUUUUUCUGUUUCUUUUUUUCUCUUUUAGGAUUUCCUGUUUUUUCUGGUUUGUUAUUCGAAAGAAGUGUGAAUUGAAAAAAAGUUGGAUUUUCCCCUCACUGGAAAAAGUGUUCGCUUUGGUUUAGUUGAUUGGAUUAUAGUGGAAAAUCUUUGACCUUUUCUCUUUUUUUCUGGAAACAAUGUGACUCAGCUGCAAAUGACCUUCUGGAGUCAAUAAAUCUCAUCAAAAAAUUUCUUCUUAUGUUUUUUGGGUAAAAAUAACAACAACAGUUGCCCUUUGCUUCGCUUUUUUCCAUUAUAAACAUUCCAUGAUUUGAAAAAAAUCUUAAUUUCCUUUGCUUCCUCCUUUUUCUCUGGACUAGAUACGUUUUUUUCACACUUUGAGCCAGAGUUGCUAAAGUUCAAGGGUUCUUACUAGCCAAAAAUCUGGGAAUUCCUGAAAAUGUUGGGCCACGGCCUUAUUGUAUGUAUCCGUAUAGAUUUUAGAUCUCAAUUUUUUCGGACCCGAUUCCCUUUAGACUUUAUCUGCUUCUCACUGAAAAAAGUUUCUCAUUUAAUUGUUCUAUGAGUAUUUUCAUUUUCUUCAUCAUUAUUUAAUAAGCAUCAUUUUUUUCAUAUGGAUAUCUCUAUAUUUUUCUUUCCAAAUAGUCGAUGACCUUUUUUUCGAGAAAAACAUGGUGAUCUAUGAGUUUUCUAGUUUUGCUGAAUAAUUUUAGGGAGUUCAAAAAAACUUUGGUAAUUAGAUUUGAAAGUAAUUAUGGGAACUUGAGUUAGAAAAUUAUUAUUAGGGAGAACUUGUGUUUGAAAAAAGUCCAUUUAUGUAUUAAAAAUCUGAAAUGCUAUGUUUUUUAUCGUAAAAUCAAGAAAAUCAUAAAAUUUUUCAUAAAUUUUGAAAUUUCAAAGUUAGAAGGUCAUUUUUAACUCAAAAUUAAGAUUUUUACCCCCACCCCUCCCUCAAAAAAAAUAUUGUUUUUCUGAUUUGAAGUCAAAAUCAAAUUGAAGGGUUUCCCUUCAUGAUUUUGUUUUUUUCGAUCUCAAAACAACAAAAACACAGAAGCUUAUAGACCAAUUUCAAUUUUUUCCCAACCAAUUUUCUAGGCUUUCCUUCUAUGCUAAAAAUUAAUCCAGACGAGGUUCGAAAAUAAAUUAGUCUGGAACAAACGUAAUACCAUGUUUUUUCUCAAAAAUAUGUAGAAAAGUUCAUUUGAAAUAAUAAUGAAGCCGAUGUAAUUAAUUUCAUUUUUCUCAUCACAUAUGUGUUCCAAGGCAAAGAAAUAAAUAAAUAUAUAUAUUUUGGCUGAAAAUGUGUCAUUUUUUCUUUUUUCUCGAGAAUUUUUGAGAGAUUCUGACUGAAAUUCAUCAGAACAGCUGUUCGGAUUGAGAUUUUGAGAAUUAAUUGAUGUACUUGUGAUAAGCACAGGCUCCACCCGAGAUCUGAUUUUCUUUAUUUUAUUUUAUUAGGUGGAGGUAUUUUGGCAGUUGUUUCUUUCUCUUUUUUGUUGCUUUUUUCCACUUCAUUUGAGUUUGUCUUUGAACUUGUUGAGUAAAUUACUCUAUAGAAUUAAUGACCGAAAAAAACGUCUGAGAAAAACUGGGGGGACCACAUCAUUUUUUUUUGUUGUUUAUUGUGGAGCUUUUUCUUUCUGGUGAAAAAUAAUUAUUGACAGCGUUUUUUGAGGCAUUUUGGUGGUUAUUAGUUGUAACAAAGAUGUAGACAGAUAUUUUAGGAUGUUUCGAAUAAUCUCCUUGCUAGGCUUUCUAGGCACUCCUUAUUUACCAUUUGGCCAUCUAGGCGUGGCUCCUUGAGAAUUACAUAGGCUGUCUAGGCGCUGACCCUUGACAUUUGAAUUUGCUAGGCAUGGCUACUUGGCAUAGAAUCUCUCCAGGCGCUGCUCCUUGCCAGCGUGGAUAACUAGACGAGGGUCCUAGACAAUGAGGUUCCAAAGCUUCAGCUACGUGAACACUGGGCUUUCAGAAACCUGCCAAGAAGUAGUGAACAGUAUUGCGGUUGAUCUACUGAAUUUUGAAAUUUUUCAAAGCUAUAACGAAAAGUUGAGCAUUAUAUGUUUCUCUUCGAAUUUUUCACGUCAUAACUUUCGGAACCUCCAACCUUCCUUUGUAAACAUGCCUUGAACUUUUUCAAUGAAAUGUAAUCCGAUAACACUUUCUUCAAAACUUCCCCUAACAUCACAUGUUUCCCCCGAUAUAUCUUAAAUGUUUCUGAAACAGCUGAAAAUUAGGUUUUCUCCCCUUCUUCCUCGCCUGAUAAUUUUUUCCAGCUGCCAUUUCUGAUUAAUAGUUGGAUGUUAGAUGUUUGCGUAGUUGUUAUGCACUUUUUUUGCCACAUCAUCGUUUUCAUGUUCAAAAAAUAAUAAUAAUAGCUAGAAGCAGAAAAAAAACUUUAUGACCUCCUGAAGGCAGAAAAAAAAAAUAAGAAAUACGAUUUGAAAUGCAUGAAUCAACCGGAAAAAUCGGUAUUAUUUAUUAUGUAUAACUGAACUCAUUCAUCUUGCGGCUCUAUUUAUAAAGAAGAACUGCAGAAUGAAGAUUUUGACAGGAAAAUGUUGAAAUGUUGAUUUUCUAUCUAUCCCAUUUGCAUAACAUUUAGACUAACUUGCUCUUGCUCGUCAUUUUAUUUUUUUUUCCUCGUCAUAUUUUUUCUGAUGUAGGUGGAUGAUGAGUGACAAUCUCAAAGUUCCCUUUUCCUUUGGAUACACUUGAAUUGUUGGUUUAAUUAGAUAAAGUCUCUUUUGGUUUUUGGUCAGUUUUUUGUGUUUUUUUCGACUUGUUAGGAGGUUUUUCUUGAUCUUUGAUGGAGAGAAAAUUUGAAUUUCCGGGAAUUUCGGCUAGACUUUAGAAUGAAUUGAUCAAUACGUUAUGCGGUGGAAAAUUUCAAGUUUUUUUUAAUGAUUUUCAAAGUUUCAGUAACAGCCAGAAUCUUUCUUAUUUCAAAAACUAUUCUUCAAAGUCUGAAGUUCUGGACCUCUAGACUUUCAUUUCGAUCUUUGAUAGAGAGAAUAUUUGAAUUUCCGGGAAUUUUUUGGAUUUUUGGUUAGAAUUUAUAAUUUUGAACAUGAAUUCCUAAUAGUGCCGGAAGAUUUUUUUCUUAUGAUUUCAGAUGAUCUUUGCCACGAUGUUUUAAAUCACUUAUCGAUAGUCUCUGGCUUCUAAAAAACGUAGUGAAAUCAUAUGGUGAAAUUCGCCACGUCAUUUUAUAUCUGCCUAGAUUUUCCCGAUGUUUAGUUUUAUUUUAAUCCAACAAAUUCAAUUAAUCUUUCCGAAACUUGCGAGCAUCAAAUUUAUGAUUGUUGGUUCUCGAAAAAAUAUCAAUUUGUCUUCUCGUUUUCUAAUUUUUUUUUCAUUUCUGCCUACCAACUUUUUAAUGACAAUCCAGAUGUUUUUUUUUUCUGUUUCCUGAAGAGAAAAGGAAAAGAAUUGUUGAACUUUGCUGGUUUUUCUCAAAUUUCCCCGGAAAAAGUUUCAAAUUUUUGCAAUACCUUUUGUUUUUGUUGCAUUUGUGCUUUUCCUAUUGUUUCAUUUUAUGAUCAUCGGUCACUUUUCUUUCCUAUUUUUCGUCAUUUUCUUCUGCUUUUUCUUUUUUUUUCAACAAGUAUCUAGUAGUAGUUGUUGUUCCAUCUAUUGCUUCUUCUUCUUCUUUUUUAUAUAAACGAUGUUUUCGUUUCGUUUCGGUUUUCUUUUCUUCCUAGUCAUAGUCGUUUUUUUUGGAACGGACCACAACUGGAAAAUACUUCGUUCUUUCAUUCGUUUUUUUCGCCCUCCCUGCCUCCCUCGAAAAUCUUCCAGUUUUUUAUUUGAUCAUCUGUUUUGAUGUUUUGACAGAAAACUGCGAAUUCCCCAAGGUAGUUGGUGCAAAUCGCAAGAAAAUGAUGUUGUUUUCGAUGGUUUUGGCACUUAAAAUGAAUGAUUGCUCAUUUUAGAGGUUCCGGGAGAAUUUCAAAUUUUAAGGGAUUAAAAAUGAAAAUCAGAAGUUUAUUUAGAGCUCAAAAAAUCUUAGGCUAUCCUGAAAAUUCAAUUUUCAAUAAACCUAUGAGGUAAAACUUUCUAAAAAAAAAUACCAAAUUGAAGUUUUCUUGAAACUUCAAAAAAAGUUUUUUUAAAUCAAGAUCUUGAAUUCGAAUUUAUUUGGACCCAAAGAGAUUCAAAAAAUCUCGAAUUUUUGGAUUAUUAGUUCAAAUACUUGUGAAUUUACUAAUUUUGUAAGUUUCAGAUCAAUCACUAAAAAUCUCAAAUUACACAGUCAUAUCUAAUUUUAAGAUUUCUUAACAAUUUUGAACUUUUCCCAUUUUUCUAUAAAAUCUCAGCCCAUCAUUUUUCCUCAGAAACUGUCCAUUCUCCUUUUUCUUGUUCUGUUUAUGCCCAUUUCUUUCCCUGUCAUCAUUAUAAGAAAAAGCGAUAAAAUAUGCAUUUUCGGCUAGAUUCUCACACGUGGAAAAAAAAAACAUAAAUUGUUGUUUUUUAGUCUGGGUUUAGUUUUUUUUCUGGCGGGUAUGUAAAUUUUUAUGCUCCCCUCCUCGAUGUUUUUCUGAAUGACUGUGAACUUGAGUUGUUUUUGUGGAAAAAGUAGGGAUAUGUGUGUAAGUUAUUCUACCAAAUACUAAUUUUUCGACCUUUAUUUUUGAGCAAAACAAAAGGAGAACUUGAAAAAAGUUGUGUGAAAGAAAAUUAGUUUUUUUGAUUUUUUUGGUCUUGUCCACGUUUUCAAAUUUUUUUUUUAGAAACCUUGACCCAAUUUUGGCCAAUAAAGCACCAUUUUAUCUUUUGCCAAUUUUUAUCUUUGAAAUUUUUUGGUGCUGUAUCACCUAUUUUUAUUUUUUAUUCCAUCAUGAAAUCAGCAUUUUCCGGUAGUAAAAUCUGAAAAAAAUCUAAGAUAGUCCUGAUAUUGGGCCAGGUCUGACCUCUUUGAAAACUGUGAAUCUGACUAUUUUCUGUUCGAUCUGAUUCAGAAUCUGCCUCUUUUUUUUGAGAAAAAUUACAUUAGUUAAUUAUUUUUGCACUUUUAUUGACCUUUUUUGUGUCCACUUUUUAUCCAUCAAUUUGGUGUUUUUGUCUUAAAUUUUCUCUUCUUCUUCCUCUUGUUUUCUUUUUUUUCCAGUUUAGUACUGAAAAAAAGAAUUUUAUUCCCAAAUGAAAAAAAGUCGAAUUAGUCACUACUAGUUUUAUUUCUUCUAUCUUGCUCUUGCUCUUUUUUAUUUCACAUUCAUCAUGUUAUAAUAAUAAUUUUGCGAAUGAUUAAUUCAUUUUAAUUCCCCCAUUUUUCGGCUGGUCUUGCGCUUUUCUCGGUUGAAUGAUUUGAAUGAAUAUCACUUCUUUUUGGUGGAUUAUGAAUUUUUUUAAUUCGAAAUAUGCUGAAUUCUUGGAAAUUUUAGACUUCCGCUAGCGGUGUGUAUUUUUAGUUUUGAAAGUUUGCGGCAUUUUUUGUGAUCCUUGUUUCAUUUUUUGAUUUUGUCUGGGAAUUUUUUUGAGAAGAUUCUGGAAGAAAACUUGAGUUUUAAACGGGGUUUUUCCAAGUUUCAGAAUUUUUUCUUGCAAAAAUAAGUUUUGAAAAUUUCCAGCCGAACUUGAUUUUGAACCCCGAUUUCUUACCCUUUUUGAUUCCUAGUUCAGAAUUCUCAAAUCUUCCAAGUUUUUCCCAGAAAAACAUAAAUUCAAGUUCCGGGUUUUGUGGUCCCCAAAGUACAAUUUCCCGAUAUCUUUUCUCUCAUUGGAGCCACUAUUUUUUGCUUCAAGUUAAGAAAAACAAAAAUUUGACGACAAACUUGUUGAUAUCAUAUGUCACGCACAAAUUUCACCUGUACUUGACACACGAAUUUUUUUUCUGCCUGAUAUCUGAUAACCAAAGUUUGUUGCUCAAGAUGCUCCAAAAAUAAUUCAAGAUUCAUUUAUUUAUUUUUAGAUAUCUUUUUUCUUUGUCAUAAUAUGUUGUUUUUGUUGAUACAAACUAGUAUUAUUACUAAUAUCUAUGGUUGUCAUGGAAAGAAAAAAGAAAAGAUUUUCAGUUUUUUUUCGUGCUGAAAUUAGUUUUUUUCUAGCCUAGCCUGGCCGAUUUCUAAUCUUGUUAUUUUUCUACUUUAUUAUUAUGUUUUUUCUCUUUUCCAUAUCGGAAGGAAAACUCAACUAUGUCAUUUUAUGUACCCUUUUUCCUUCUUUUUCUUCUCAUUUUUCAAAAAUAUUUUAUGAUCCUUUAAAAAUUACGGUAGCUUUAGGUUUAGAAACAUCUGCAAUUUUUCACCUGUUUUGAAAGUUUCUUAUUUAAAGUUCUCCGAAUACAAAAAACUUAUCAGAUUAUUUUUUCAGGUCGACUAGUUUCGGUGCGAUUUUUGCGUCCAGAAAAAUUCGACGAGAAAUAUCCGAAAUCAACUCCGAGACGAAGACAACAACAACAUCUACAACCACAACUACAGUAA